AUGUCGUCUCCAAUCAAAGUCGCCAUCCUAGACGACUAUCAAAACAUCGCAACCCCCAAAUUCGCACAUCUGGUAGAUGCCAACAAAAUCUCCGUGACUCUGUUCCCGCAAACUCUCAAUGUCCGGAAUGACAGUGAACGAGAAGCGCAAAUCAAACGGCUGCAACCGUUUGAAGUAAUAUCGACAAUGAGAGAGCGAAGUCUGUUUAAUAGUGAUGUGCUCAGCUCCCUGCCGAAUUUGAAAUUAUUGUUGACCACCGGAAAACGGAAUUUCUCAAUUGAUCAUGAAUUUGCCGCAACCAAAGGGACUGUCGUCGCGGGUACGGACCGAGUAGCGCAGGAUGGUGGUACUGGUGGACCUGAUCCAACCACGCAGCAAACGUGGGCUAUGAUCUUGGGACUCUCGAAACACAUUGCUCGUGACGACGCGGCGCUCAAAAUGGAUAAGUCAUACUGGCAAGGAGACAGCCUUGCAACACACCUCCCCGGUAAGACGUUGGGGUUGCUCGGAUUGGGGAGAUUGGGAAUUGCAACGGCAAAGAUUGCGUUGUUGGCGUUUGGUAUGCGCGUUGUGGCGUGGAGUUCGAGUCUGACGCAGGAAAGGGCUGAUGAAACUGCCGCUGAGGUCGGGUUACCGGCUGGAAGUAUACAAGUCACAGCAUCAAAACUGGAUUUGAUGAGAAUUGCGGAUAUUGUGUCGUUGCAUUAUGUGCUUUCGGAGCGGAGUCGGGGAUUGAUUGGAAGAGAAGAAUUGGCUGCUAUGAAACCCAAGGCAUUGCUGAUCAAUACAUCUCGAGGGCCGUUGGUUGAUGAACAGGCAUUGCUGGAGACACUCAAGGCUGGUAGGAUUCGGGGUGCGGCGCUCGAUGUAUUUGAUGUUGAGCCCUUGCCCGCGGAGAGUGAAUGGAGGACGACGGAGUGGGGGAAGAAUGGACGUAGUGAGGUGUUACUCUCGCCACAUAUGGGAUACGGUGUUGAAGAGUAUAUUGAGGGCAUGUAUGAUCAGGUUGUGGAUAAUUUGGAGAGGUAUUUGGACGGGAGGGAGUUGUUGCUUACUACCAAGAUGUCUGUUAUCGAGCCUGAGCCUGAGCCUACCCCCAAGCCUGCAACUGAGCCUGAGCCUGCCGCCGAGCUUGCCGCCGAGCGUGCCAUCGAGCCUACCACCGAGCCUACCACACCUCAAAAGGAAUAUGCUAUACGCCUAACUCGUGAUGAUCGCAUCCGAAUUCAAACCCUGCGAGAAGCUGGACUUACCUAUCAGCAAAUGUUGGUUUAA